GUCGGUUGUCAGUCGUGAAACGCAGUCAUAUAACGCGCAUUACAACAGAUCCAGCAAGAUCCACAAUUAAACGGCGACAAGGCCAGAAAGAAAAAUAUAUAAAUGCAUAAUUAGUUAUUGUGUGGAUACCGAUCGAGAUGCGUACUCCUACAGUUUUGGCUUCUACAAAAGUAUUCGCGGUAUUUUUGUUCCUGUCAGUGACAUUAAAUCGUGAUGUACUGGGAGAUGAGCAAAUAGCUGACUAUAUUCGAAAAUGUUGCAUAAGUGGUCUGAGAAAUGCACGCACAACAAAUGGCUGCGAAAAAAUGGAAGGGUCAGUAGCUAGUAUUCCUAGACUUUGGCUUGGAUUAUGCUCCUCCACGUUUGGAGUAUGCUGUUCGAGGGAACAAGAGCGAAGGAACUGUGAACUGGGUCGAUUGGCUGCAUUAGAAGGAACUAAAUGCGUGGAUGGUCCUAAUAUUACAUCAAUUUCGUAUACAGAUUGCUGCCGAGCCUGUCAAGUUGGCUUGGCGGUCAAGGCCAGUAAACAGAAAUGCAAGGAUCCUUUAUUUUCAUUUCUCUCGAAUAUUGAAUCAUAUCGAAUUUGCUGUUCGGAGAACGGUUUUUCGAGCUCCGAAAAUGGCAAUAAGCUGGAUGAAAAGAUUGUAGAUAUUCCACAAUCUGCCGAACAUGAAGAGGAUGCCGAGCAUGAAGAAGAUGCCGAGCAUGAGGAGAAUCCCGAGCAGAAUAGGAAUAAUGAGGAUGGAACUAUUGUUUUAACCGAUGAUGAUGAUAUUUGCGGCAAGGUUCCCAAUCUCUGCGCACAUAUUUGUGAAAAUACAUUUGAUGCGUACAAAUGCAGCUGCAAUCCUGGAUUCAAAUUAGACGAUAAUAAUGUAACCUGUUCUCAGGAUAAAGAUAACGGCGUAUGUCCUGCAGGAUACUUUCUAGAUUCAGCUCACGGCAAAUGUGUUGACAUUGAUGAAUGCAAGGAUCAACUUCAUACGUGCAAAUCAACACAAUAUUGUCACAACCAAAUCGGAUCAUAUCGUUGCCUUAACAUAAAGGCAAAGAGCUGUCCCACAGGAUAUUUCUACGACGAAAAGUUGGAGGAAUGUGUAGAUGAGGAUGAGUGCACUCAGUCGCCAUGUGAAAAUGGUUACCAAUGCUUCAAUUCACCUGGAGGAUACGACUGUAAUCCUGAAGAGGAACAUGAAUCAUGUGACACUGGCUUUUAUUUAAAAGACGGCACUUGUGUCGAUAUCGAUGAGUGUAAUUAUAAUGCGACAAACACAUGCAAAUCCAACAUGCACCAGGAAUGUAAGAACACGAUAGGCAGUUAUUACUGUAGUUGCCUGCCUGGUUACAGUUUAGAUGCGACACAAAAUGAAUGCGUAGAUAUUAAUGAGUGCUCAAUUAACAAUCACAACUGCCUGCCAACUCAAAGAUGUGAUAACACCGUCGGUUCAUACAUAUGCACGCGUUGGACCUCCUGCGGAACGGGAUACACACUGAAUUUUGAAACUGGCAAUUGCGACGAUGAUGAUGAAUGUGCGCUUGCUACCCACAAUUGCCAAGUGGAUUAUGAUUGCUAUAAUACCAAAGGAUCAUUCCGUUGCCACAGGAAAACCACAACAACUACUACAACCACAACAACGACAACAACAACAACACCAUCAACAACUACAUCGACAACACCGAUGCCGCCCACAAAACCCAAUUCCCGAGAUAUUUACCAUCCACGCAAUUAUGGGACACACACAAGUUAUUCAUUAUCCCGACAACCGUGUACUUCCGGAUUCCACAGGAACCAUCUUGGCGCAUGUGUUGACAUAAAUGAAUGCGUGGAGUACAAGCCAUGUAUGAGUAAUGCGCGGUGCAUCAACACCAAUGGAUCGUAUCGUUGUGAGACCUAUACACAGUGUCCUGCUGGAUUCACUCCAACACAUGAUGGAACAUCUUGCGUUGAUAUUGAUGAGUGCGAAACAGGAGAGCAUAAUUGUGGGGAUAAGCAAAUCUGUCGCAAUCGAAGUGGCGGCUAUAUAUGUGCCUGCCCCACGGGGCAUCAGGUGGUACGUCUACAGGAUGGAACGAACAGCUGCGAGGACAUUAACGAGUGUGCACAGAGUCAUUCGGCGUGUUCAUCAAACGCACAAUGCUUCAAUACCAUUGGCUCGUACUAUUGUGAAUGCAAAUCUGGUUUCCAAAAGAAGUCAAAUCAUGAAACUGGAGACAGUUGGCAGACUCAUGCCCAAUGCUUUGAUGUGGAUGAAUGUAUGUCAAUUCCAGGUCUUUGCCAGCAGAAAUGUGUUAACUUCUGGGGAGGCUAUCGUUGCACCUGCAAUCCUGGAUACGAACUAAGCAAUAACAACCGCACUUGUAAUGAUAUAGAUGAGUGCGAAGUGCACAAGAAUUACAAGCUCUGCAUGGGUUAUUGUAUUAACACGGCCGGUUCCUAUCAAUGCUCCUGUCCCCGUGGCUACACUUUGGAGUCUGACAAAAUUACUUGUCGGGACAUAAACGAAUGUGAAACAGAUAGCGAUAAUCAUGUGUGCACUGGUCGGAGUGACAUUUGUACGAAUAUACGAGGCAGCUUUAAGUGCACCACUAUAAAUUGUCCUCAUGGCUAUAUUAAUGAUCCAGAACAAAAGAAUCGAUGCCGACAAAGCAGUAACUUUUGUGAGGGAGAAGAAUGUUACACCAAACCAUCAGCCUACACUUACAAUUUCAUAACAUUUGUAUCAAAACUAAUGAUUCCCCCAGAUGGUCGUACCAUUUUUACACUACGUGGUCCAGCAUGGUAUGAUGACAUUGAUUUUGAUCUGAAAAUUGUUAGAAUUCAAGCGUCUCCAAAUAUUGAAAGAGCAUCAGAGAGUUAUUUUGAUACUUUAAAGCAAAACCACCAAGUAAGUCUUGUAUUAAGGAAAUCACUAGAAGGACCACAGGAUGUCGAAUUAGAACUAACAAUGACAGUGUUUACAAAUGGAAUGCCUCGCGGAAAAAGUGUUGCCAAAAUUUUCUUAUUUGUAUCCCAAUACACUUUCUAAAUACUAACAUAAAUUUGUGCAUUUAUAAUACAUAAUAUGAUUGUUCCAUUUGUUUUUUUGUUUGACUUCCGACAAAAUUCGCUAGAGUGUAUUAAACUGAAGACUUUUUAAAACUGUCUAAUA